GCUGCUGCUGCUUCUUGAUCUUCAUCUUCAACCAACGACACACACGCACUCUUAGAGCAAAUGACAGAACAAAAGCACCCACUUAAGGCUCUCGGUUGGGCCGCCACUGAUACUUCUGGGAUCCUCUCUCCCUUCCAUUUCUCCCGAAGAGAAAACGGCGAUAAUGAUGUGACCGUUAAAGUUCUUUACUGUGGGGUUUGUCACUCUGAUUUGCACACUGCAAAAAAUGAAUGGGGGUUCACUAUCUACCCUAUUGUUCCUGGGCAUGAAAUUGUAGGUAUGGUCACCCGAACUGGGAAAAAUGUUGAGAAAUUCAAAGUUGGUGACCGAGUGGGGGUAGGGGUCAUUGUUGGGUCCUGUAAAACAUGUGAGAUCUGCCAACAAGACUUGGAAAAUUACUGCCCUAAAGUCAUAUUUACUUACAACUCAAUUUGUUCUGAUGGGACAAAGACUCAAGGAGGUUAUUCUGAUGUAAUGGUUGUUGACCAGCACUACGUACUUCGUUUUCCGGAUAAGCUCCCCCUUGAUGCUGGUGCACCCCUUCUUUGUGCUGGGAUCACAGUCUACAGCCCUAUGAAAUAUUAUGGAAUGACAGAGCCUGGGAAGCAUUUGGGUGUCGUGGGACUCGGUGGGCUCGGUCAUGUUGCCGUGAAGUUUGGGAAGGCAUUUGGGUUGAAAGUUACUGUAAUCAGUACUUCACACAAGAAGGAGGCAGAGGCCAUUGAGAAUCUUGGUGCAGAUUCUUUCCUUCUUAGCACCGAUCCUUCCAAAAUGAAGGCUGCUAUGGGUACCAUGGACUAUAUCAUUGAUACAGUCGCGGCUAUUCAUCCGUUGCUUCCAUUGCUUGGCCUCCUGAAGCUGAACGGGAAACUGGUUAGUGUUGGCCUGCCCGAUAAGCCCCUGGAGUUGCCCGUCUUCCCACUAUGCUUGGGACGGAAGCUUAUUGGGGGAAGCAACACCGGUGGAAUGAAAGAAAUGCAGGAGAUGCUGGAGUUUUGUGCAGAGCACAAGAUAAAAGCAGACAUUGAGCUGAUACGGAUGGAUGAGAUCAACACUGCCAUGGAACGUCUGGCCAAGUCUGAUGUCAAGUACCGGUUUGUUAUCGACGUGGCGAACUCCUCCUUGUCAGGGUAGUUCACCUGCUCCUGCUGCUUGCUGGAGCUGCCAUUGGGUGGUUCAGAGGUGUUUUCCUUCCAAGUAAGAGAGUUUGCAUAUGAAUGAAUGAACUCUCUCUCUCUCUCUCUGCUGCAGUCAUCACUAUUAGCCGAGAUUUAAUAAACCUCUUAUCUCUCUGGUUGAUUUUUAAGCUAGCAUUUGCCAUGAUUUGUGUUGGGAAUGUAAAAUGGUUCGACUGGCUCGUUCUUCAUGACAUGGGUUCAACUCGACUCGUGAACCCAUUCAAGGUGAGUUGAGCCCAGUAAAAAUCGGCCAAAUUGACCCGUCUUUAACUAUAAUAUAUAUUACAUCUAAAUAUUGAUAUUGAUAUAAUAAUAUAGUUUAAUUA